AGUGUCUGUCCGGUUCUCGGAGUCUCCGCUUCGCUUUUGCAUAGUGGAAAGUGAGCUGAGCUGGCUUCGCCUGACGUAUAGAAAACCAGCGCCAGGGAAGAGAUGGCACUUUGGUUCUUGGACCCCAACGCCAACAGUCUGGUCUUCCUCCACUGUUGCAUCAAUUUGCAGUCAUAGAUACGUUUGAUGGAAGAGGAGAGGACUUGUUGGAAGAUUUGAGCUCAUUUCUGUAUCUGGGUAUCGGCUAAAAUCUUCAACUUCCUCAUCACUCGGAUAGUUCAUGGCGUUCUUUCAUUUUUCUAGCAAAAUGGCUGAUGCAAGAUUGAGGACAUGGUUGUGGGUUGUACUGAGCAUACAGAUCUUGCUCAAGUCUGAAGCCACUAACGUCAGCAUUACAUAUGUCCAAAAUGCUGUAGCGAAAGGAGCUGUUUGUUUGGAUGGCAGCCCUCCAGCUUACCAUUUCAAUAAGGGAUUGGGCACAGGCGCUAACAAUUGGCUUGUUCAGUUUGAGGGAGGAGGAUGGUGCAACAACGUCACCACUUGCCUUGCUCGAAGGGAUACACGGUUAGGUUCAUCGAAGGAGAUGGUCAAGGAAGUUGCUUUCUCCGGUAUCCUCAGCAACAACCAUAGUUUUAAUCCAGACUUCUACAACUGGAACAGAAUCAAGGUCAGAUACUGUGAUGGAGCUUCUUUUACUGGGGAUGUGGAAGCAGUAGACCCAGCCACUAAGCUUCACUUUAGAGGAGCUAGGGCUUUUGUAGCAAUUAUUGAGGAUUUACUGUCGAAAGGGAUGAGUGAUGCGGAAAAUGCUAUUCUUUCUGGAUGCUCAGCUGGUGGAUUGACUUCAAUACUGCAUUGUGAUAGAUUCCGAGCUCUCAUGCCUACAAGUGCCACAGUCAAAUGUGUUGCAGAUGCUGGCUAUUUUAUCAAUGCGAAGGAUAUUUCCGGAGCUCAACACAUUGAAACUUUCUACAGUGAAGUGGUUGCAACACAUGGAUCAGCCAAGAAUCUACCAACUUCCUGCACCUCCAGACUGAGACCAGGAUUGUGUUUCUUCCCCCAAAACGUGGUCAAGCAAAUUCAGACCCCGUUAUUCAUUCUAAAUGCCGCCUAUGAUGCAUGGCAGAUUAAGAAUAUUUUGGCACCCGGAGUGGCUGAUCCUCAUGGAACCUGGCAUAGCUGCAAGCUUGAUAUUAAUAACUGCUCACUGGAUCAACUCCAAAUCAUGCAAGAUUUCAGGCAGCAGUUCUUAGACGCACUGAGCAGAGUCGGAACCUCUCCAUCAAGAGGAAUAUUCAUAGAUUCUUGCUAUGCUCAUUGCCAAUCCGAGAUGCAAGAGACAUGGCUGAGGGACGACUCUCCAGUACUGAUGGAGACAUCUAUAGCGAAGGCUGUUGGAGACUGGUAUUACGACCGGCGUCCAUUCCAAAAGAUUGAUUGCGCUUAUCCCUGCAACCCUACUUGCCACAACAUGGUUUUUGAUGAUCCCAAAGAACACCCUGAACACAUUGCUCCUCAAUCACAUGAACCCAGUUUCAGCAGUCCGUGUCCAGCAUACAAUAGACCAAAAAUGCAAAUCCUGAGUUGGUUGGUUUCUUUCUUCAUUUUCAACUUCCACCCUGGAUGAAUAGCCCGCUCUAAAUUUACAGCAGUCUGAAAAUGGGAAGUUGUUCCUUGGGUCACAGCAAGCACACUGAUCUACAAUUCAAGUGCAUACGGAGUGAAAGAAUAUACUCAGAGUGACUUCUAAUGGUCAGCACAAUCCAAUAAGGAGCAAGAUCACACACCUUACGAAAUGUGAAAGAUACCCUUCUGAACUUCUUUUUAUAACCUUAUCCAUUACUAUGUCAAUCUGCAAAACCACAUGAUCAAUACCUAUUAGUAAGAACAAGUUCUCAUGCAUUAGUGAGAUAUACAGAUACUCUAUUUACAUUAUCUACAAAUGCCCAUGCCGUA